AUUGGGAAUACGAUAUUUAUCCAGGACCUGCCCUAUGGAGAUGCUCGCCCGUUCAAGACAUACAUCCAGGGUGCACUUGACAUUCUAACGGGCCGAGCGAAUAUGGACUAUCGCCAAUUAUCGACCUUCUACUUUGGCAACAAGCGCUUUUUGCUGCGCCAUACUGUCGAUCUGGCUGAAUACCGAUCCCAUCCGGCACAGCCCUAUUGGAAGCGAGAAAUCGCUCAAAGAUUCGCCGAGAAAUGCGCGGAGCAGGACUCGAGAUUCCUUCAUUCUAAUGAGCAGGAUCCAUUUUUUCCUGCUUUCCAGGAAAUGCUUCCCUCAUUUAGGAGACUCGGAACCUGCCUCGAUGCUCCAGACCCUAUCCAUCAUAUCCACGGAACGACUGUUGCAAUCCGAGGACCUCUUAGGUUCUGCCGAAGGACCUUUGAAGGAUCAGUCAAGGGUCUGGUGAAGGAUUUGCCUUGGGAAGAAACCUGCCUGACAGUUCUGGAAAUGAAACAAGAGAAAGAUAAUAGUCUGCUGCAUAUGUUGAGGCGCAGUUUUCACAUGUUCCUUUUUAAUGAAAAUAAAUUCGUAAAUGCCGGUUUACAGACCGGAUACACCAAAACGAUCAAUUGA